AUGUCUUUUUCAACGAGCUCUUUUGUGAAUCCCGUAGCGAGCCUAUUCUUCGCAACCAUUGUGAGGUGGCUUGGUUGGGUUCGUGAUUGGUGUUUGCGAGAAGGGACGUGGCCGGUGCCUUGCUGGGCUUCACUCUCCGGAGAUUGGAAAGGCUUUGAAAUGAGUACAGAUUUGGCUCUACACCUUGGUUGGAAAGCCAACUUAUUAGGUAUAGUGAAUUCUGCGUCGCUCGACAUUUUCAUACUAGCAGGGCAGAGCAACAUGGCCGGCCGUGGCGGAGUCGUUCGCGGGAGGUGGGACCAGUACGUGCCACCACAAUGCUGGCCCAACCGGCGCAUAAGCCGGCUCAAUGCCGGGCGCCAGUGGGAGGAAGCACACGAGCCACUCCACGCCGACAUCGACGCCGGCAAGGCCUGCGGUGUCGGGCCGGGCAUGGCCUUUGCGAACGAGGUUGUUCGGGCGAGGGGCUCGGACGAGGUGGUGGGGCUGGUCCCGUGUGCGGUUGGCGGGACGAGGAUCAGCGCGUGGGCGCGAGGGACGUCGUUGUACAGUGAGUUGGUGAGCAGGGCGCUUGAGUCGGCGAAGAAUGGGGGAAGCAUACGAGCCGUGUUGUGGUACCAGGGAGAGAGUGAUACGGUGAUAAGGGCGGACGCUGAGGGCUAUAGAGCAAAUAUGGAGAGGCUUGUGAUGGACUUGCGUUCUGAUCUUAAGAUCCCUGAUCUUCUGGUUAUUCAGGUUGUACUUGCAUCUGGAGAAGGAAAAUUCACAGAUGUGGUUAGAAAGGCUCAGCUAGAGAUUAACUUACCUAACGUCAAGUGCGUUGAUGCAAAGGGAUUGCCCCUUAAAGCAGAUAACCUCCACCUUACGACUGCGUCUGAGGUUCGACUUGGUCUAAUGUUAGCUCAUGCGUUUCUUGGUUCUUAG